GACCAUCAAUCGCAUCUUCUCGGCUGCCCAACCUGGUGCGUCUACUCUUCGCUUCGAGCCUGCGCCCUGCUAUCAUGACGGCCCUGCACCCCAGCACCCUGACUUCGCUGGUCCCGGGCGCCACGGCCCGCGGCUCGGCUUCGUCGUCGUCGACAUCGGCCAAUGCGCCGCCCGAGCUGGCCGUCCAGUUCCUCAAGUACUCCAACGCCUCGCCGACGCCGUUCCAUGCCGUCCAGACGUCGUCGUCGAUGCUCGAGUCGGCCGGCUUUGUGCGUCUCAAGGAGUCGGACCUGUGGGAUGGGCAGCUGGAGCGCGGCGGGCGCUACUUUUUCACACGCAACCAAUCGGCCCUCGUUGCCUUCGCCGUCGGCGCCAAGUUCCAGCCGGGCGAGGGCGGCGUGCACAUCGUGGGCGGCCACACCGACAGCCCCAACUUCCACCUGAAGCCCAAGUCGAGCAAAAAGGACAAGGACGGCUACCUCCAGGUCGGCGUCGAGGCCUACGGCGGCGGCAUCUGGCACACCUGGUUCGAUCGCGACCUGACGCUGGCUGGCCGCGUCAUUGUCGAGGAGGCUUCGGGCAGCUUUGUCGGCAGGCUCGUCCACGUCAAGCGGCCGCUGCUGCGGAUCCCGACGCUGGCGAUCCAUCUGAACCGGACCGUCAACGAUGGCUUCAAAUUCAACCUCGAGGAGCAGACGGUGCCCGUGCUCGGCCUGGCGGUGCAGGACGCCCUGAAUGCACCCUCGUCUUCCUCUUUGUCGUCGUCGUCGGCCGUCGGCGCGCCGCAGAUGAAGGACAAGCACCCCUCUGUCCUCCUCGAGCUGCUUGCGCAGGAGCUCGGUGUCAAGCCGGAGCAUAUCCAGGACUUUGAGCUGAGCCUUGCCGACACGCAGCCGGCCGCUGUGGGCGGCAUCGCAAACGAGUUUAUCCAUGCGCCCCGCCUCGACAACCAGAUGACGUGCUUCUGCGCCACGACGGCUAUCAUCAAUGCCCACGCCUCGUCGGCCGCCCUGGCCCAGUCGAGCUCCAUCCGCGCCAUGGCCCUCUUUGACAACGAGGAGGUGGGCUCCGUCAGCACCCACGGCGCCGAGUCCAACAUGGUCCCCUCGCUCAUCCGUCGCCUUGCCACGCUGCACCUCCAGUCCUCUUCGUCUUCGUCGUCGAGCGAUGCCGCCGCUGGGGAAAAGCAGUCGUCGUACGACCGCAGCCUCGCGCGCUCCUUCCUCAUCUCGUCCGACAUGGCCCACGCCGUGCACCCCAACUACGCCAAGAUGCACGACGACGAGCACCGGCCAGCACUCAACGGCGGGCCCGUCAUCAAGACCAACGUCAAGCAGCGCUACGCCUCGACGGGGCCCACGACAUUUUUGCUGCGCAGGAUCGCGGCCAAAUGCAAUGUGCCGCUGCAGGAGUUUGUGGUGCGCAACGACAUGCCGUGUGGAAGCACCAUUGGGCCAAUGAUGUCCAAGAUUGGCCUCCGCACUGUCGACAUUGGAAAUCCGCAGCUGAGCAUGCACAGCAUCCGCGAGACAUGCGGAAGCAGGGACGUCGAGCUCAAGAUCAAGCUGUUUGAGACCUUCUAUGACCACUUUGAAGGCGUCGACGCGGAGCUCACAGUCGACUAG